GUCAGGAAUAAUGUUGAAAUUGAGUAGUAGGUUCUCAUAACACUCUGAAUAACACUUGUGUAAAAAUUCCAGUGACAAUACUGAUCGUAAGAUUACCUCAGGAUGCACGAAUAAAUCGUGGAUUUCCACCGAGACAUCGAUGAUAAAGUAAACAUAGAUCGGUUUAGCAGCUGUCCUCGAGUUCUUGAAAAGACAAAAAGAUGUCUGGCGCGGUGAAAGAUUUCUCCUGCAUCGGAGGGUUAGAGAAACAUAUUAGGAUUGUGAAGGAGAUGGUUCUAUUCCCAUUGAUGUACGGGGACGUGUACGCUAAAUUUAAUCUUAGACCGCCACGGGGUUUACUGUUCCACGGUCCUCCAGGGACGGGAAAGACUCUCGUAGCCAGCGCAUUAGCAACAGAAUGCAGCAAUUCCGAACGUAAGGUCUCCUUUAUCUCGCGCAAAGGUUCUGACUGUCUUAGCAAAUGGGUCGGAGAGAGCGAAAAGAAGCUCGAAAAGAUUUUCUCUUUGGCACAACAGACGAAACCGUGUAUAAUUUUUUUCGACGAAGUCGACGGUCUUGCGCCUGUGAGAUCUAGUCGACAGGAUUUUGUUCAUGCUAGCGUUGUUUCCACCCUCUUGGCUCUGAUGGAUGGUCUGGACAAUAAUUCCGAGAUCAUAGUGAUAGGCGCGACUAAUAGAAUUGAUGCGAUAGAUCCCGCUCUGAGGAGACCCGGCAGAUUCGACAAAGAAUUGUACUUCCCUCUGCCUUGCUACAGUGCCAGAAAAGAGAUACUUUCGGUACACAUCAAAAGCUGGAAGCAGAAACCGGCACAGAAAUUCUUGGCGUAUCUGGCAUCGAAAACGCUAGGAUUCUGUGGCAGCGAUCUACAGGCUCUUUGUGCUGAAGCAGUUAUGUGCUCGGUUCGCAGAAAUUAUCCACAGAUUUAUAAUUCCAAGUCUAAGUAUCACAUCAAUGAACGCCAUCUCAAAGUGGAAAAGGAAGAUUUCUUGAAGGCACGCCAGAACAUCGUUCCCGCGUCGCACCGCGUCAUCGUUGCCCCGAUUAAGAGCUUAUCCUUCAGAAUCCAACCGUUGUUGCACGAGGAUCUGACGGGAAUCCUGUCGCGUUUGCAAACGCUCUGUCCAGCCGGCAUGCUGACUUCCGACAACAUUACAGGUAAGGCCAUGUCCAAAUCAAGUGCCUGUCCGCGAAUUUUGUUGUGCGGUGAAGACGAUUCCCACACCCGUCAUCUGGGUCCAGCAUUACUGCACACCCUGGAACAUCUGCCAUGUCACAUUUUGGACGUUACGACGCUGUUUGAGGAAACGGGCAAGGCGGCGGAAGAAGCUAUGAUACAAAAGAUCAAAACCGCGCGACGCACUCUACCAGCGUUACUGUAUAUGCCUGGGGUCUUGACCUGGUGGGACCUAGUGGAUGAGACGGCGAGAGUGGUUUUUACUUCUUUAAUGCGUGGUCUCGAUCGAUCGGUGUACAUGCUCGUGCUAAUGACCGCUCAUUGUCGACAUAUUAAUUUGCCAACGGAGAUUGCAGAAUUGUAUGACGAUAAUCGCGGCGAAGUAUACGAGGUAAAAUCGCCUUCGCCUCAAAAGCGACGUUCUUUUUUCAAGCAGUUGUUCAAUGGAAAAUCCGACAGUCUUUCGGAUCGCUCUUCGCAAGCGGAUCUGACACCAAUCUCGUGCCCGAAGAAGCUCAAGAGCGAGAACAGAAAGUUAAAGAAUCACAUACAUUCUACCGACUCCAGCGGAUUGCUAGAGAUUAGCGCGGCACGCUGCACGACCAGAAAGAUGAAAACGCAAUCGAAAGCGCGAAAUAAGCUCGGAGCAGUACGAUCCUCGCACUCGACGUCUUCCAAAUCGAGAACGAACAUUAAAAGAGAAUACAACGCGUCCGGGGAAGGUCCGCCGUCGAAACGGCAAAGAUUAACGUCCAGCGCUUCUUCGACCCCAUCUAGCACCGAGAAAUUGUACAGCUCACAAAUUGAGGACUUGGUCGAAACGAUUGUCAGAUCAACCGAUGAGUGGCCGAGUCAUCUACUGGAGAGCCUGUUCUCUUCCCUCGAGCUUACAAUGGAGAAGAAUGGAGAUCUAUGCACAACGGUGAACGAUUACGUUGCUCGUUAUGAAGAAUUGAAACGAGUUAAAAUGCGGAUGAAGCAAGAUGAUGAUUAAUCAUUAAUCUGGUCCCUCGUGUAAUGUCCAAAUUUAUCUGUUGUGUUUCACACAUUUGUGAAACACGACAGAUGAAUGGUUAUAAUGAAAAGUAGAAUGUAAUAUUGUGAUGUAAUAA